AUGAGGCUCAGCAUUGGCACAGCAAUAUUCAUGGCAUUCAUAUCAAAUCAAGUUUUUGGGUUUUUGACUCACAGCUCCAAGAGCAAAAGAGCCAUGAUAUUGGCUGAUGAAGCUUUGGUAAAAUCCAUACCCAUUGUAGCUGAAAGGGAUUACUGUCCACAUUGUGCUGCUCUUACCAGCGGGAAAUGUCCAAAUCAUUCUUCUUGA